AAGGAAAAGCCCAUCCAACUGAAAUCCAAAUAAUCUUCAUGCAACUCUCCACUUAUGUCCUUUCCCUCCAAAAGCCUCCGUCUCUCUCGUACCGCCACCGUCUCUGCCACCACUCUCUCUCAAAAAGACCCUUUCGGCACAAACUCAUCUGCUCGCUCGCCAACUCAGCCGAUCAACGCUCAUCUGAACUCGUCACCACUCUCCAGAGCGAAACCCUAAAAACCUUAGAAUGGCCUUCCCUUUGCAAUUACCUUUCUCCCUUCACAUCUACUUCCAUGGCCUUCUCCCUCACCAAAGCUGCCGCAAUUCCCGUGGGUCAAUCGCGGGAAGAUUCCCAGAAGCUUCUCGACCAAACCACUUCCGCUUUGCACGCCUUGGAGGCCUUGAAGUCGGAACCGUUGGAUCUCUCUGUAAUCGAAGACGUCUCGGAGAUCCUUCAUUCCGCGGCUUCAGGACAGGUGCUAACAGUAAGGGAGCUUUGCAGAGUUCGUAGGAUGCUCGGUGCCGCGAGAGCUGUCUCGGAGAAGUUGGCAGCUAUCGCUGAAGGUGGUUCUUUGGAGAGGUACACUCCAUUACUUGAAAUACUUCAAGGUUGCAAUUUUCAGUUGGAGUUGGAGCGAAAGAUAGGAUUUUGCAUAGACUGCAGCCUUUCAACUAUCCUUGGUAGAGCAAGUGAAGAAUUGGAGCUUAUUAGAGAAGAAAGGAAGAGGAACAUGGAAAAUCUGGAUUCUCUGUUGAAAGAAGUAUCAGUUAGUAUAUUUCAGGCUGGAGGCAUUGAUAAACCUUUAAUAACCAAGAGGCGGUCAAGGAUGUGUGUGGGCGUCAAGGCUACCCAUAAAUAUCUACUUCCAGGUGGUGUGGUUCUAAAUGUUAGCAGUUCCGGCGCAACAUACUUUAUGGAGCCCAAAGAAGCAGUUGAGUUGAACAACAUGGAAGUAAAGCUUUCAAAUUCUGAAAAAGCUGAAGAAAUGGCUAUCCUAAGCAUGCUUACAUCUGAAAUAGCAGAAUCAGAAGCUGAGAUAAAGUAUUUGUUGGAUAGACUUAUAGAAGUUGAUCUUGCUUUUGCUAGAGCUGCAUAUGCUCAGUGGGUGAAUGGUGUCUGUCCAAUUUUAAGUUCAAAGGAAUCUGAAAUGUUAAUUUCUAAUGGCGCAGAUAAUGCUUUGUCAAUAGAUAUUGAAGGGAUGCAACAUCCGCUUCUCCUUGGGUCUUUUCUAAGUAAUUCCACAGAUUUUAUCACAUCCAACUCUAUGGGUCCAUCUGUUUUGGGCAAUAAAAGUGGUGAAAUGACUCCUAUAAAGUCUUCAAAAGUUGUAUCCAACUUUCCCAUUCCUAUAGAUAUUAAAGUUCAAUGUGGAACGAGGGUGGUCAUUAUUUCAGGACCCAAUACAGGAGGUAAAACUGCUUCAAUGAAAACUUUGGGAUUGGCAUCUAUUAUGUCAAAGGCGGGCAUGUAUUUGCCUGCUAAGAAGCAGCCAAGACUUCCAUGGUUUGAUCUUGUUCUUGCAGAUAUCGGGGACAGCCAGUCUUUGGAACAAAGUCUUUCAACAUUUAGCGGGCAUAUAUCACAAAUUUGUGAGAUCUUGGAAGUAGCCUCAAAAGAAUCACUUGUCCUUAUUGACGAAAUUGGUAGUGGAACUGAUCCUUCAGAAGGUGUGGCUCUCUCCACCAGUAUCUUACAAUAUCUAAAGAAUCGCGUUAAUUUAGCUUUUGUGACAACUCAUUAUGCGGAUUUAAGUCACCUUAAGGAAAUGGACCCUCAGUAUGAGAAUGCAGCCAUGGAAUUUUCUUUGGAGACCUUACAACCCACUUACCAGAUACUCUGGGGUAGAACUGGUGAUUCCAAUGCAUUGACUAUUGCUAAAUCAAUUGGUUUUGAUGGAAAUAUAAUUGAACGAGCAAAGAUGUGGGUUGAGAGUCUAAUGCCAGAAAAGCAGCAGGAGCGCAAAGGUGUGCUGCAACAAUCGCUAAUGGAGGAAAGGAACAGUUUGGAAGCUCAGUUCAAAAGAGCUGAAUCUCUUCAUGCAGAAAUUAUGAAACUUCAUCAUGAGGUUAGGAGUGAGGCAGAAAAUCUUGAAGAGCGUGAGAGAGCUCUCAGGGUGAAGGAAACCCAAAAGGUUGAACAAGAACUAAAUGCUGCAAAAUCCCAAAUUGAAACUGUAGUACAGGAAUUUGAGAAUCAGCUCCAAACUGCUAAUUCUGAGGAGUUCAAUUCGUUGGUUAAAAAAUCGGAAUCUGCGAUUAACUCCAUUCUAAAAGCUCAUCAACCUGGUGACAGUUUCUCUUCUACUGAAACAGAUACAAGUUCAUAUCAACCUGUGUCUGGUGAGCAAGUCCAUUUAAAGGGACUAGGAAACAAGUUAGCUACUGUUGUUGCAGCAUCUGAGGAUGAUGACACUGUUCUAGUCCAAUAUGGUAAAAUUAGGGUCCGUGUUGAGAAGAGUAAUGUUAGACCAAUUUCAAGUAGCCAACGGAAUAAUGCGAUCAGCUCUCGGCAGAGUUUUGAAAGACAGGGAGAACAGAGCAGAGAGGUCCCCAGUAAUUCAGAUGCUACAGAAAGUGGUGCAAUUACUUAUGGCCCAUUAAUUCAGACAUCAAAGAACACUGUAGAUCUCCGCGGUAUGCGAGUGGAAGAGGCUGAAAUCCAACUUGACAUGGCUAUCUCAGCAAGAGGAUCAAAUUCAGUUCUCUUCAUUGUGCACGGCAUGGGCACUGGUGUCAUUAAGGAGCGAGCACUGGAAAUGUUAAGAAAUCACCCACGCGUGAUGAAGUAUGAACAGGAAAAUCCAUUGAAUUAUGGUUGUACAGUUGCUUAUAUCAAGUAAAGGACAUUCAUGUUCCUUUCACUUGACUGCACUUUCAGUAUAUAUUUGUAUACACAAUGCGGCCAACUUUUAGAUUAAUUGGCUAGUUUGAUUGUUUCCCUCAGUUCCCAGGCCUUGGCUUGGCAUGAAUGAUUCAUCAAUGAAAGUAAGCUAAUAGAUCUGAGUAGCAAGUUGUAACGGUAACAAUACUAAUUGCUUUCUUUAUCCAUUAAUCCUAGCUGUCCAGUUUGAAUUUUUCUGAAUAA